GUAGAAAACAGUCUUAAUCAGCAAGAAGGAGUGCAGCGUUUUUUUUUCGUUUUACGACCUCAGCAACAGAAUAAAUAUCGAUUAUUAGUGGUGGGAAAGAAGCAAUUGCCUCCCAGCAAAAAAGACAGUUAUUUUCUAUUUUUAGAAGCCAUUAAAAAUAAUAAGGAAGAAUUGUUGUCAGCCCUACAAGAAAAACAUUAUUCAACCAAAACGCGAGGUGAACGGACCUUGCCAGUUUCCCAGUGCCUCGGAAUUAAAGCAACCCAAAAGGAAUUCAAUCUCCAAAAGGAGGAUGAUUUUUUAAUCAGCAUUAAAAAUCCGCAAGCAACUACGCCGCCAAGAGUAGGACUAUCCACAAAGCAGAAAGUUAAAUUUCCUCCUUCUCUCCAAGUCAAAUUGGCUAAUUAUUCUUUUGCCCCACUUACUACCAGCGAAUUUUUGGAUUAUGAAGGAGUAGAAUUAUUAUUAAUUGCCAAAGACAAAACCAACUUAACCGGCCGUGAAAAGGGAAUAGAACAUUGUCUAGAAAAAAUAAACCCGGAUAAUUUGGUGGACGA